UUUUUUCUAGAGGAAUGUGGCUUAUUCUCUUGUGGAUUUCAAUUAUCUCGGCUACUACAAUUAUAGCUGAUAAUGAGACGACGAUCUACUUUGAAGAUGAGGUAAAUUCUACUACGCUAGAGAUUGAUGAAAAUGAAAAUUCGACAGCCACAACAAUGCUAUUUUUAAAUAAAACAAACGGAACAGACGAGGGAUUGAACGGAACAACAUUAAAUUGGGAAAUAAAUGGAACUUUAGCCAAAACAACACUAAAAACAACUCCAAAACCAACACAACAAUUAAUAGAAAAUAAACAACAAAAUUCCCAAUCUUUGAGAUGUUUGGUAGGCUCAAAUCCUUUAAAUAAAACAAAUCGCCCUCCACCCAUUGAACCCCUUUGGUGCAAUGAUACUGUGGAAUAUGAAAAGCGAAAAUGUUUAAAUAUUGUUUGCUAUACGGAUACUUAUGGAUCUUUUGUUUGGAAGUCUUGUGGAACUUGUGCAGGAGUUAGAGAUGUUUGGGGAAUGAGUCCAAGUUUUUACAAACACUCCUGUAAAUGUUAUGAAUGUGAUAAUGAAGAUUUGUUUUUUCUUCCUUUAAUUGUGGCUUUUAUGCUUUCAAAUAUUUGAAAUUGGAAAAAGAAGAGAUUUAAAUUUUAAUUAAAUUUUUAUUUAUUAUUUUAAAAUUUUAUUUGUCUAAUAAAUAUUUAAAUUUUAUUGCAUUUUAGUAUCAUUGGAUCGUUUGUCCAAUUUUAUUUCGUAUUUUAUUCUAUUUUUGUAUUUUGUCCAUUUUUCCCUAAAGGAACCAUUUUGUCGGUUUCGCAUUUUUGUCCCUUUGUCGAUUCUCCCUUAUUAGGCAUUUUGUCCAAUUUUACCCUUAUCUAUAUUAUGUCCAUAUUUCACCUUAGCGAUAUUUUGUACAAUUUCCCCUUAUCGAUAUUUUGUCUACUUUUCCCAUAUAGGCAUUUUGU